UUCCUCGUGCUUUUAAAAAUCACAUCUUUAAAAAAGAAAUUCUCAGCAUUUUCCCGAAGAAUUCAACCCCCCCCCCCUCCAUUUUUUCUCAAGCUUUUUAAGAAUCACACAAUUUCGAAACAGAUUAUUGUAUUCAUUUUUGAAUCAUUCUCUGAAAACCCAAAAGAAAAACCUUGGAUUUUUGUUCAUAUUUUUUGUUGCCGGAAAUAUGUUUGGUUCACCGGAGAAACCAAUGUUUAAGCGAACUUGUAGCUUGUUAAGUCAGUACUUGAAGGAAAAAGGUAGCUUUGGUGAUCUUACUUUGGGAAUCACAUGCAGUAACAACGUUGAAAAAGGGAUGCCGGAGAUAGUCCGUCCGGCGACGGAGACGAGGACGACCACCAUGGAUUUAUUUCCGAGGGAUCAUGUUUCUGGUGUUAUGAGGAACUCAAGAUCCAUGGAUUUGUUCCCUCAAGGAGCCGGUUUUUCUGCCGAUAACGGUUCGAGACGGGUCGGGGUCGAUGUGGAGCCUCAAAACGCGGCAGCGCCGAUGACGAUCUUUUACUGCGGACAAGUGAUUGUGUUCAAUGAUUUCCCAGCUGAUAAAGCUAAGGAAAUCAUGGCUUUAGCAAGCAAGUGCAGCUCCGAAAACCCGAAAACGAACACGUUUGUACCCGGUAGUCCGAACGAAUCCGGCCUAGGAGUUCAUUCGAAUUCCAACGAUCAGGUUCCUACUAUCCGAACCAAUUUAUCAACAAGUCGCGAAUGCGUUCGUCCCAUUCCCGGCGAUCUACCCAUUGCUCGAAGAGCUUCGCUUCACCGAUUCCUCGAGAAGAGAAAGGAUAGGAUCACUUCAAAAGCACCAUACCCAAUAAACGGCUCCGCCGGGGCAUCACCUCCGAAACCCGGAAAUAGCAAGCCGUGGCUCGGUUUAGCUGUUGAAUCACUACAGUAGUAGUUCUCGAAUCGAUUCAAUAUCUCUUUGAUUUCAAGGUUUUCUUUUAUGGCUGCUGUUUUCUUUUUUAUUUUUAACAGCAGGUAUUAACAUUUACACCUUGCUGUUUGUUUUUUUGUUUUUGGUUUUAAAGUUAUAUUAGCUCUAAAGAAAUCUCUUUUUAGAUCCUAACCCUCCAUCAAAUCUCACUAUUAGUUUUUUGUAAUUUGAACUAUGGGCUUGCAUUAUUCAAUUUGAUCCUAUCUUCAUGUUA